AGGGGAGCGGGGGGCCAGGCCGUGUUGCAGCAUCCUAGGGGGCCGAGACCCCAGGCAGCCGCUUGGAUCCCUCGUGCAGGCGCGGCCGCAGGACUCACGUCGGGGACAAGAUGAAGCUCAUCAUCCUGGAUCACUAUUCCCAGGCCAGCGAGUGGGCCGCCAAGUACAUCCGAAACCGCAUCAUCCAGUUUAACCCGGGGCCCGACAAGUACUUCACCCUAGGCCUUCCCACCGGGAGUACCCCACUCGGCUGCUACAAGAAGCUCAUUGAGUACUACAAGAACGGAGAUCUGUCUUUCAAGUAUGUGAAGACCUUCAACAUGGACGAGUAUGUGGGCCUUCCCCGAGACCACGAGGAGAGUUACCACUCCUUCAUGUGGAACAACUUCUUCAAGCACAUUGACAUCCAGCCAGAAAACACACACAUCCUGGACGGGAAUGCGCCUGACCUGCAGGCUGAGUGCGACGCCUUCGAGGAGAAGAUCCGGGCGGCGGGCGGCAUCGAGCUUUUUGUUGGAGGCAUCGGCCCCGAUGGGCACAUUGCCUUCAACGAGCCAGGCUCCAGCCUGGUGUCCCGGACCCGUGUGAAAACACUCGCCAUGGACACCAUCCUGGCCAAUGCCAGGUUCUUCAAGGGAGACCUCACCCAGGUGCCCACCAUGGCCCUGACAGUGGGCGUAGGCACCGUCAUGGAUGCCAGGGAGGUGAUGAUCCUCAUCACCGGCGCCCACAAAGCCUUUGCGUUGUACAAGGCCAUCGAGGAGGGGGUGAGCCACAUGUGGACAGUGUCGGCCUUCCAGCAGCACCCCCGCACCGUGUUCGUGUGCGACGAGGAAGCCACGCUGGAGCUGCGAGUGAAGACCGUCAAGUACUUCAAAGGGUUAAUGCUUGUUCAUAACAAGUUGGUCGACCCCCUGUACAGUAUCAAAGAGAAGGAAACCGAGAAAAACCAGCCGAAGAAGCCAUACAGUGAUUAGCCCGUGCUUAUGCCAGGGCCGAGUGCCUCACUGGGACCCCCAGAAAUCGUCUUAAAGAGGACAAAUUUGUACUUCUCUAAUCCAUUAUGGUCCCUGCAAAGGGUGAACUUGCCUGUGGCUCUAAGGCCCGGAGCCUCAGCAGAGUUUAGCUACAGGGAGAAUGAUUUUUAUGACUGACUCUCAAUCAAAAACAAACAAACAAACAAAAAAAAACACAAAAAAACUCUGGACAAACGUGCUGACUUCGAGGUCUCUCCCAGAGGAGCGUUUCUGGCUUGUUUGUCUGCCGGGUACCGUCCACUCAGUCAGGAAGCCCUGUCCUCCCGGGCUCUGUUCUCAGUCCGAGAUCAGAGGCUCAUGGUUCUGGGACAAAGCCUUUUGCGAGUUGACAGCUAGGAUGAGGCUGGCUGUUCGAAAUUCAGGCCCAAACUCUGGCAGUGCCUAAGCAUAAGCAGGCAGUACCUCCAGCCCCCACCCCAACUUUUGCGCCCAUUUUGGUGGUGUUUUGGUUUUUUUUUUCCCCUCAGUUGACUUUUCCAUGAACUUGGAGAAAUCCUUUGGGGGAGGAAUUGGGCGGAUGGGGACUGGUUGUCUAGGGGCCCAGGCACGUCAAACUCCACUCCCUGAAGAUGUCUCCAGCACUGGGAGCAAGGCAGAAAUCCGCUCCCAUCCCCCCUUCCCCAGGCCCGUGUUUUGUUCCAAGGGCUUAGUCACAUACUCAUUAAUGAGGCUGCGACCCACAUCAGGGCUGUGUCGGCAAGGGGACACGCCCUGCAGGCAGCCCCAUGGAGUGGUGGCUGAGGGCCACAUUCCUCUCCUCCCCCCUGCCUGCCCUCUCCCUCUCAGGUUCACGUGGCAAGGGGUGAGGUCCCCAGAACGUCAGGAAAUGGAACCCGAGUCCCCAUCCCCCGUGUGGCUCUGUCCCUGCCACCUUCAUCCCUUGGGGAGCGUGGCCGCCUCCCGCACUGUCCCUGUGCUCUGUGACACUGCUGGGGAAGGACCCUCAGAGCCUGACUCAGGCCAUUCAGGGCCUGUCGAGGGCCCACUUUUCACCUCAUACUCUUGUACGUGAUUGUGCUGUUGUUGCUAAGCUCAUGGAUCAGUGGACUUGUUUACAAUGUGGCAUUUUCUAUUA